AUUAAACAAAUAAAUAAAAGAAUUGGAAUCCCGAAAAUAUCCUUAGACCAUCCGAUCCGGAAUUAGAAGUGACAACCGAGCGGCGAAAGCAGCACCGAAGCGGCGGCGGAGAAAGCAAUGGCGUCCGGGUGGGGAAUAACGGGGAACAAAGGAAGAUGCUACGAUUUCUGGAUGGAUUUCAGUGAAUGUAUGUCUCGUUGUAGAGAACCCAAGGAUUGCGCUCUUCUCAGAGAAGACUAUUUCGAGUGUCUCCACCACUCUAAAGAGUUUCAACGUAGAAACAGAAUCUACAAGGAGGAGCAGAGACAGCUAAGAGCAGCUACGCAGAAAGGUGAGGAUGGUGGACAUGGUGGAAGUCAUCACUGAUAAAUGUAUUUUGAGAGGGUGGGCGGUAAAUGUUCGACUACUGAAUCUUUUGAAAUAAUUGCCAAAUCAGUUGUAUUUUUCUUGUCAGCGAUGGAAACAAAACAUUUUGUAUUUGUCAAUUGUCUUUGUUUCUUGCAAGACACAACAAAUUUCCUUGCAGAGGAAGAUACACAGUUAUUUCUUUGGUUUAUGGAUGAGUGCUGAUAAAAUAACCAUAGACACAUAAACUACUUAUGUUGAAUUUCAGAAGGUUUCACCUGGGUAGCUUUA